AAAAAAUAAACGUCAAAGUGACAGUCGUUUGUGCGGUUCGUAGACGCAAUGCGGAAAUAAUGUGCAAAUAACGUACAAUUACGCCAAUUAGCUAUGUACUUUUUAAUUUGAUAGUGAACUCUAAUUGUGAUAUUAAUAUGUUACGCAGAGGUGGACUCGGUGUCGAUAAUUUCCACAAUUGGCCAUCUCAAGUAGGACAUGAGUUGCCUCAGGAAGAUGAAGAACGAUUAGAAAAGUUAUUUUGUAAACUUGAUAAGGACGGGAACGGUAAAAUUGAUAUUAGUGAUCUUUCAAGUGCUCUCAAAGAAUUUGGGAUUAAUCUUCAUUAUGCCGAGACUUUUAUCCAAAGAUCGGAUAAAACUCAAAGUGGGGACGUCUCCCUGGUAGAUUUUGUUCACUAUAUAAGAGAACAUGAGAAAAAUUUACGUUUGUAUUUUUCUCAUCUAGACAAAAACCAAGAUGGUAAGUGAAAUCCAUUUUUUUUUUCUU